CGGAGGGGGAAGAAAUCCAUCAGACAAGCACGCAGUCAACGUGCUGCAUAUUAGUCGUCUAUCUCGACCUGCUCGAGUCGAAUUUCUUUUCCUUUAUUACCUCGACAGCUUGUUCCCGCUUAUCAGCGCACCUAUUGGGGUCCUGCGGUGCGACAUUGGUCCACCGUGAUUAAGAAGACGACAAGAAAAAUGGCUCCAACACAGGAUACCGUACCACCUGAGUUACCGCGCAGUCGCGGUACGCAGGAUGCGAAUACUUCCAGACGUCGCAAGUCACUACCGGGUCGAUCGACGAGUUUGCCGCGACAACGGCCAUCUGGCCAUGUGCCUCCAAUGCCUCCCGCAUCUCCCGAAAUAAUAUCGUCAUUGAUAUCGUCUCUUUCCAGCAUCUCAUCCCCCGCUCGAACCCAUUUUGAUAAUUUGCCGCAUAUUAGCGCACAAACAGCGCCUUCUUCGCCCGGGUUUCACCAGACAGAGUUCGCACAGUCGCAAGUUUCCGGACAAGGAUUUGGAGUGGACUAUGGGGCAUACAAAACGCCGAAUGAUGCCGCCGAAAGCCCGUUUUUACACCCUGACGAUGCCGCUUUGGCUCCUGUUGUUCGCAUGGCCCCCGCACCCACGCCUAGCUCUCCACGGUCGCCGCGAUCUCCUAAAUUAAAGAAUAGCUUCGGCCGUGAUCGCUCUCCAUUAACACAUAGAUCAACAAGUUCAUUCUCAUCGUCACAAGCUGCUAUGGAGGAACAGUCGCUAUCAGGUUUUGGAAUCAUCACAACAGAACCGGGCCCUCGUGUUUCGCGUGCCGGUAGUGUUGCGUCUACAAGCUCCGAUGGUCGAAGGAGCUUGAGAGGUGCACUAGGAAUGUUACGAAGGGGAUCUAGAGAUUCAUGGCAGGAUAAGGAAGCCGAACGCAGUAUCAAGUCUUCAUCGCAGAAUGAAAACCUGAAACCAAAUCUUGCUCGCAGUCGUACUAGCCUUAAGUCGAAGAAUUCGAUGGCAGAUGUUGUUGAAGAGGGGGCGAUCCUGAACCCCGCUGAAGAUCUCAGUUUCAAGAACAUCAAGGACGCUACGGCUACAAAACAGUCGUCACAUCCAACACCAAAUCCAUCUCUACCUAGCCCUGGAGGUAUUGGAAGCGGACGUAUUAUCCCGACACGCGAGUCGUCACUGAGGCAUACCAUCAAUAAAGCUCCUCGAAAGAGCAGGCAUAGCCGAUCAACUGAACAACGGCCUACGACUAGCAAGGAGCGUAGUUAUGGUGAAUCUGCCAAAACAUCCGAGGCAAAGGCUGCUACUGAACAAACGACGAAAAGGAUCCAGCAGGUCAAGGAGCAACAAAAACGAAUUAAAAACGAACUGGCAAAGGCUCAAGAGGUCCCUGCUGGUCGGACAUCAAUUGAUACAUUCAAUUCACGAGCCAAGACGACGCAACCUGUGGUCGCGGAACAUACAUCUACACGAUUAUCUCAAGACGAUGCAUUGAUCUCUCGAUAUCUACAACACGCAGAAACUGAUCCCUUCGAGGAGAGUGCACCUUCUCCAGCAAUACAAACGCGGAGGACGAGGGAGAAAAAGAGACAAUCACUCGACAGAGCGGAUGUACCACCCAGCCCAUCUGUACCUAAAAAUCACAAACGUCAUUCCUCUGGGGCAUUUACGAUGGCCACUCGUCAGUCGAUAGCUGAAGAACGGCCUUCUAGUGCUGAUUCUAUCGACCUUGCUGUAGAGGCAUAUGUUGCUUCGCCCAGACUGACGCAAAAGGUGCCUCAUCCGCGCUCAGGAAGAAUGAUUGCAUUUUCAGAAGUCGGCGAUCCUAAGGGGCACGUUAUAUUUUGCUGUCUUGGUAUGGGUCUCACUAGAUAUUUGAUGGCAUUCUAUGAUGAGUUGGCGCGGACAUUGAAACUACGUCUGGUGACACUUGAUCGACCGGGUGUGGGCGAGAGUGAUCCUUCAGGGGAGGGUGAGGGGACUCCAUUGACCUGGCCUGACGAUGUUGCGAUCGUAUGCAAUCAUCUCAAAAUCACCAAAUUUUCUAUUCUGGCACACUCAGCAGGGGCCAUAUAUGCAUUAGCCACUGCGCUUAGAAUACCCCAACACAUUCGCGGCCGUAUCCAUCUUUUGGCGCCUUGGAUUCCUCCCUCACAAAUGACGAAUCUGGGCACGCAUAAAGAACCACUGCCGAAUAAUGCAGUGCCUUACUCUCAGAGACUCUUGCGAGCCCUUCCAACACCGUUUUUGAAGGUAGCAAACUCGAGCUUUAUGAAUGCCACGAGCAGCAGUCUGACGACAAGUCUACCGAAAUCACCUCGACGAAACAAUAAACGAAAGAGCUUCGGACGAGACACAGUAGCUCCGACGGUGACAGAACUCACAUCAUCCAACAACAAUACCUCUACCAACACGAACGGCAACCAGACAAAAAACGACCGCAACUCAACCAUGACAACAGCCAGCAACUCCACCUCAACACCAUUCCUCCGCAACGAUCAGCGAAACUCAACCCUCUCUCAAACCUCCGCCAUCAACGCCAACCGACCCACUGCAGCUGAGGAAGCCGCAAUCCUCGCCUCACAACAAAAAGAACGCCAAACCGAAUACGAUACUCGCCUUACUUAUCGAAUCUGGGAACUAGCAACCACCAACGCCAACCCAGCCGUUGAUUUACUGAUUUGCCUCGAACGCAGACAAACCAUCGGGUUCAGAUAUGUAGACAUCAACCGCGAAGUCGUCAUCCAUCACGGGACAAAAGAUACGCGCGUCCCCGUUGAUAAUGUGCGUUGGCUCGGAAAAACGAUGCGAAGGUGCGAAGUGCGUGUGCUGGAAGGUGAGGGGCAUGGAUUAAUGGCCUCUGCCGUAGUGAUGAGUAAUGUUUUGACGGAGAUGGCUAAAGAAUGGGAGGAUUGGACGACCGUUGUGCAGGGGAGGGCUGGGAGGGGGAGGAGGUCUACUGUUACGGCGACUACGGCGCAUUAUACGUCGAGAUCUGUUGCUGUUUAAUUCCUUUCCCCCAUUCGAGGUUCUUAUUCUUUCGAUUCAUUUUAUACCCCUUUUUAUUAGUUAGUGGUUUAUUAUGUGCAUUUCCCCCCCCCUUUUUAGUUCAUGGCUUGAUCUGUGUGUUGCGGUUAGUAUUCGGGAGCAUAGCAUGUUUGCAUUAUUGUGGCAUAUUAGCAUACCUAGGUAUCUACGGA